AUGGUAGAUGGAACAUUUCUGCUUCAGAUGUUAUGGGUCUUCCAAAUAAUUGCUGUUUUUGUUGCUGCCAUUGCCCUGUACUGUUUCAUGGUGACUGGUUCAGUCGCCCCCUCACUCCCAUUCACUGAUGAAAAAGGAAGUUUGUUGGUUGACACAUGGGAGACUUCUGCCGAUCAUCUUGCUAAGAACGGAAAUCAUAAUAGCUCAAUGUGGACCAAAAUGCGAGAAAUAUCCCAUGAAAAAGACUUUUUGGUCAUUAUUGCAGCAAAUUUCAUUCACACUGCAAGAAGCGUGUCACAUAUGAAUUUCGCAUCUACAGCUACGGAGUUGCUUAUUCCCGGAACAAUCCUUCCUAAAGGUUCGCUGCGACUAAGUUUGUUUUACGGUGUCCUUACACUCGGCCCGCAGAUUCUGCUCAUUUUAAACGAACGCCUCAUCGUCAAACAUGGAGCUUAUCGGAUUAUGCUGAUCAGUUAUGUUGUUUCCUUCUUCUCUGGGCUGAUAUUCUUCUUCACUUCAGAUCCAUACUUGAUAAUGAUCUUCAUGCUUAUUGAUAGCAUCACAGUACAUUCGGCUGCUCCUCUUUUCAAUAUAGUAAUAUCUGACUUCAUAGAUGAUGAUGCAAAGCGACAUUCUCGAGUAUCGGGGCUGUCUUCGUUGGUGUUCAGUUUGAAUGCUUUGUUCGUGAAACCUGCACAGUCAAUUGCCCCCGUUGUUGUUGUGUAUAUCCUCAAUAACUUUGGAUAUCAGGAGUACAUCUCUACCAAGCAGUCGUCAACAGAUCUUGUUAAUGGCAUGCGAAUUUUGCUAAUUUCUACGCCACUCGUCCUCGGCGCCUUCCAAUACUUCAUUUUCAAGUCCUAUUCUCUCACCAAUAAGCAUAUCUGCAAGGUCGAGGAAGACAUUUAG